CUGAUCCCUUAGAAAAUUCACGAAUCAAAAUGGACCAUCCUGUUCCUCUAUUUGUUCUAAUAAUAUCACUUUAUUAUGCUAGUGUAUUUGGUGCUUUUAGAGAAUUUUCGGAAUUUUCACGAGUUUCUUCGAAUGAUAACAAAAUACCAACUCUUGACAUCUUAGGGGAAUACGAGGCGAUUCAAAGUCUGUCUGAAUGUAGCUCAAGAUGCUUCAAACGACCAGGUUGUACAACUUUCUUCUUUAACCGUGGAUCUGGGAAAUGUUUUGCAACCAGUUCUGCAAAUGGACUUGAAAUGUUCGAUGGAUUUAUGCAAUUCUCUAUUCAAACAAGUAUCCUGCAAUGGAGGAUAUUUGGUAAAUCGUACUAUCUUCUUGUGAAGAGUAAACUAGCAAUCUUAGAAGCACAGAGACACUGUUUGACGCUUGGGGCAAAGCUUGUCGAGGUUGAUACUCCAGAAGAAAAUACAUUUUUGACAAACAUGGCAAUUCAGGAAAAUGUUGAUAUUCAUCUUGGGAUUACUGAUGCCUUUGUAGAGGGACAAUGGGUGUUUCUAUCUUCAUUGGACCCUGUUCCGCUUGUCAACUGGAGCAGUCGUAAUCCCGACAAUUAUCGGAAUCAAGACUGUGCAGGGAUAGCAGGAUAUGAAGGUUACAAGUGGGAUGACUACGAUUGUUCAAGCAAAAUGAAUUUUGUUUGUGAGAGAUUAAUUGGUUGAGGACUUCAAAAUUCCAAAAAAAAAAAAAAAAAAAUGAUUGAAUAAAAGAUGGCAUACAACAAA